AUGUAUUUUGGGAUCAUUGGUGCUAAAAUUAUAGAAUCUUUGGUUACAGAUACGAGGUUUAUGAGUUACAUCCCUUCUGUGUUUGCAACUGCGAUAAUGAUUCAUGUCAUCAAGGACUUGAAACCACGUGAACAAGUUGAAUACCAAUCUCAUCAGCUCAUGACUCUACUCAAAGUUAAUCAGCAAGAAGAGGAUGAUGAAUUGGCUCGAUCAGGACAGUCCAAGCGGUGUUUCGACCUUGAUGACAGCUCAAAUGGUUCCUGGAAUGUCUCUGCUGCUUCAGUAUCAUCCUCUGAAGAGCCUCCGCUCAAGAGGAGAAGAAUUUGUCUAAUUCCGAAGAUCACAAAUCCUACUACAAUGGUUGAUCUGAGACCCAUUAGUUUGUGUUCCGUGUUAUCCAAGAUAGUGGCUAAGAUUCUGGUAGCCAGGCUCAAACCGAUGCUGGAGCACAUUGUGUCGCCCACACAAUCUGCAUUUAUACCUGAGAGAUUGAUAUCGGAUAAUAUUAUCAUUGCUCAUGAGAUGGUACAUGGAUUAAGAACUCAUGAAAGGAUCGCAAAAGAGUUUAUGGCGAUCAAAACUGACAUGUCUAAAGCAUAUGAUCGCAUUGAAUGGAAUUAUCUGGAGGGUUUAAUGACGGCGCUUGGCUUCCAUGCUAAGUUCCGAGAGUGGAUCAUGUUUUGCGUCCGUUCUGUUUCCUAUACGGUGCUUAUAAAUGGCGAGGAACAGGGGAAGGUGUUACCAAGUAGAGGUCUGAGACAAGGGGAUCCCCUGUCCACUUUUCUCUUUGAUUUAUGUACAGAAGGACUGUCCCACCAGUUGAAUGAGGCGGAGAGAAGAGGUGAGAUCACGGGUAUUCAGUUCUCAGAGGACGGGCCCUCGAUAAAUCAUUUGUUUUUCGCUGAUGACUCACUUCUGUUGUUAAAAGCAAAUGAAGUAGAGUGUAAUGUGGUCUGCAAGAUCCUGAAGGAGUAUGAAGAGGUCUCUGACCAGAUGAUCAAUUUCUCGAAAUCGGCUAUUACCUUUGGCAAGAAGGUUGAGGGAGAAACGAAAGUGAAGAUUAAAGAGAUCACCGGUAUUACAAAUGAAGGAGGAAUGGGGAAAUAUUUGGGUUUGCCAGAGUGUUUCAGUGGCUCCAAGGUUGACAUGCUUCAGUACAUUCAUGACAAAAUGACGUUGCGCUUCCACGGCUGGUAUGCUCUCUUCUUAUCUACGGGUGGAAAGGAAGUUUUGCUCAAGUCAGUCGCAAUGGCCAUGCCGGUUUUUGCUAUGUCAGUCUUUAAACUCCCGAAGAUGACAUGUAAAAAUCUCACUAGUGCAAUGGCUAAUUUCUGGUGGAAUGCCCAAGACGGAAUAAAUAAGAUGCAUUGGGUCUCUUGGGAGAGGAUGUGUCUUGAUAAACAGGAUGGUGGCAUGGGUUUUAAGAAUUUAGAAAAUUUCAACCAGGCUCUGUUGGCAAAACAGGGGUGGCGGCUGCUUAUGGAGCCAGAAUCUUUGUGUGCAAGGGUGUUAAGAAGCAGAUACUACCCGUCUGGAGUCUUUCUGGAUGCAAGGCUCGGAUCUAGGCCUUCUUAUGCGUGGAGAAGUAUAUUAUUUGGACGUGAGUUGCUGGUGAAAGGACUACGAAGGAAUAUUGGAUCGAGGGAGAGUAUAAAUGUAUGGAUGGACAAAUGGCUCUUUGUUACGGAACCAAAGGCCCCAAUGAGGAAACAAAUUUUAUUUAACCUUGAUCUUAAGGUUUGUGAUCUUAUUAAUCCACAAACAAGAGGAUGGGAUCGAGGAAAGCUGGAGGAAGUUUUCUUCCCGAGUGAUAUUGAGCUGGUUCUCAAAAUGAAGCCUGCUGUUGGUAAGGAGGAUUCGUAUGAGUGGGUCCAUAACAGAUGGGGAGCUUACUCUGUGAAAUCGGGGUACUGGUUGGCAUGUUCUCUGGAUCAGUCUGAAGUGAGAGUGGCGGCUCGGAGUAAACCAUCACUAAAUGACUUGCGUAGCCAAGUGUGGAAGGUGAACACUGCUCCCAAAAUCAAAAUCUUUUUGUGGAGGGAUCUGUCAAAUGCUCUAGCGGUUUCAGAGGAGUGUAUAGCUCGAGGGAUGAAGGUGGAUUCCCGAUGUCAAAGAUGUGGGGAAGAAGGAGAGUCCAUUAAUCACGUCUUAUUCACAUGUCCUGCUGCUCGACUGGUGUGGGCGACGUCGGGUUUUCCAUUUCCGCAACGAGGUUUUGAAUAUAGAUCUUUAUAUGAAAAUUUUAGUCAUUUGCUGGAUACUGGAAAAGAUUUUAGAGUGCCAAAGGAUGUGAAUUGUAGUUUCCCGUGGAUCUUAUGGAUGUUGUGGAAGAACAAGAAUACAUUUAACUUCGAAGGAAAAGAGUAUGAGGCAGAGGAUACGGUCACAAAAUGUCGUGAGGAGUCCAGGCGCUGGACUGAGGUUGUGGCAGCAGCAAAAUCGGAAACGGGUAAUAGGAAUAAGAGGCCUCGGGAUGGUAACGUAUGGACAGUACCAGAGAGUGAAAGAGUGAAGUGCAAUAUUGGAAUCUCAUGGUCUAAAGCGACGUGUAUGGCGGGUUUGGGCUGGAUUGUAAGGAAUAGUGAAGGUGAAACUUUGCUCCAUAGCAGAAGAGCUAUAAAUGGUGUGUCGUCGCUUUUGGAGGCUAGACGUUUGGGUUUAAUCUGGGCAGCGGAGAGUAUGAAUUCUCACAGAUUGCAGAAAGUGUGUUUUGAGUUGGAGGACUAUGAGUUGGUGGGCUCUGUGAACAAACCUAAAGCGUGGCCAGCGUUUCGGGCGUACGGUGAGGAGUUAAGGGAUGCCUUGAAUAAAGUUACAGAUUGGAAGGUAAGCUCAGUAAAGAGAGUGGCUAACAAAGCUGCUUUUAUGGCUCGGAGUGUGACAAAGGAAAGGAGAUAUCAAUCAUAUGUAGCUCAAGGUAGUCCAUCUUGGUUAAGGAGCUUGCUUACGGAGGAAGAUACGAGGUCAAUAAGAGUAUAA